AUCUGAAUUUUAGCAGAUGAUUUCAAUGUUCUUUAUCCCUUAAUGAUUAAAGUGGUUUUAGAAAAAUGAAAGCUAUGCUUUUGAUAUACCUACUUUUGUGUAUUUAUGAGAGUUUUGGGCAUGCGACUUUUCGUGAAAAUGACGAGACGAAGAAAACGGCCCUGUUGCCAAGCACGACCUCUGGGAAGCAAUUAAAAAUUAUACGGGAUAUAUUAAAUCAAGAAAGUUUAGCGCGAUUCUCUAUGAUACAGAAAAUUGAGACCUUGGUGAUGGAUGCAAUUGAUAGCAAAAACUUUAGCCAGGCCCUUGAGAAAAGGCUAAGCGAAGUUGUAAAGGAAUUAGGUGAUUUGAAAAUAAAUGACGACAUAUUAAAUGAAGAGAACACAAAGCUCAAAGAUGAAAUAAAGGAUCUUUAUUUGAUACUCAAUAAUUAUACAACCGUCGAAAGUGCAAAUGUUGAAAGCCUUAAUGAUUCGGAAAUUUUAUAUCUGAUGAGGAAAACUUUAUUUGUGGAAAAUCAAAUUCAAACGCUAUCGUUACAGAAUUUGGAUAUAAAUAAACAGUUAGUAUUUUUGAUGAAGAGAGAUCUGAACUCUCUUAAAAAUGAAACAAUCGGUCUAAAUGAGAAAUAUGACAAAAUGCUGCAAGAGAACUAUGCUUUUCAAAAUCAAAGUACAUGUAUAAUGAAUGGAAGAAAAUCUACCCGUUUAAUCGAGCGUCUUUUGUCGAUGGAAAACGGUUUGCAGACUCUUUUGGAGUCUUUUAAUAAAACAAUGGAAAAUUAUCAUCCAAAGGCAACAGAUGUUAAAGCGAACGAUUUCCGUGCUACAAAUUGUGAAAAGGGUUGGGUCCAGUUUGAGGAAAACUGCUACCUUUUCUUAAGGAUGGAAUACAAUUUUAAAGAUGCGGUGGAUUAUUGUAACAGAGCCGCAACUGGUGCUCACCUCCUUGAAAUUAAAUCUUCACAUGUAGAAAAGUGGAUUAAUCUUCAGCUUACGAUACGAGGUCAUCAAUAUGCCUGGAUUGGAUUGACAGAUAUACUAAGUGAAGGUAGCUUUGUCUUUAUCUCGACUGGAAGUAAACCAACUUACACAAAUUGGCACAAGAACGAACCUAACAAUUCAUGGAAGAUUGAACACUGUGCUGAAAAGAAGGGUACAGGGUUGAAAUGGAACGAUGAACGUUGUGACAGUGCACGUCCCUUUGUUUGUAUGCUGAGUCUUUAAAAAGAUUACCUUCUACCGUAAAAAUUCACUUUCUGUUGAGAUGUGUUCUAUACACAAAAAGGGAAAUGUGAAGCAUCAAAAUCCAUAGCUUUAAUAGCAUAUUAAAGUGUACAUGUAUAUAUUGCUACUGAUACCAAAUCGCAAUCGAUAUCAUUGUAAGAAAUGACUUACCUUUAUCAUUGCAGAGUAAGCUUGUUAAAAAGUGUCUUCAUUAAACAAAAGAACAGGUGAUUUUUUUUUUACUUUUCUCCAAAUGCUAUAUAUUCAAAUUCAAUAUAAAAAAGCAUCAUUAUAACUCUUAUGGCACUAGGAGUCCUUUUGGAUAUUUUCUUGUCUUUGCCAAGAACUUCCAAUUCAUAUAAGAAAUAAAGGGACAGUUUUAAAUAUCUUAGGAGAAAUGUGUAUUCUGCAAUUUUGAGAAGAAUAAAAAUUAGAUACAGAAGAACAUGUAACGUA